AGAGCAAUCAUAUCUCCCCCACAGCCUUCUUUUCAUUAAACCUACCCUGAUUUCUGUGGUGGUAUUCUGCAAAGCUUCAGCUGCUAGUUGGUACUCUGUCUCCUCAUUGAUGCCUAAACAUGAUCAAGACCAAAAUAAAGAAAAGAAUUUUAUAAUACAUUAUUUUGGAUUUGUAAUUAAUUAUGUUAUGAAAUACUUACUGGCUUUGAAGCACUCAGGACUUUUACUUACCUCUGUUAGGGUCCAUCUGGCCACAGAUCAGCAUAUAAUCUAUAUGUUGAUGGUCAUUUGAUUUUCCCAUCACCCUAUGUUUUUAAAAGGCCUAAUUCAUAUAUUUCCACCAAUAUUAAGGAACCAUUUGCUACUUGGGACUUGAGCGUGGUUCUUAUGUCUGAUGGACCCUCCAUUUGAACUUAUCUUCUUUUUAUUGCCUCUGUGUUUAAAGUGAUGUUUUUGGUAGCUAUCACCUCAGCACACAAGAUGAGCAAAAUUCAAGUUUUGAUGGCUGACCUUCCAUAUGCUGUUUCAUAAGGACAGACUUACGUUCAGGCUACAUCCAAGAUUUUUACCAAAAGUAGUUUUGGACUUUCAUAUAAAUCAGUUUCUUCUCUUACUGGUAUUUUUUCUUAAGCCUCAUGACUCUUUUCUGUGGAGACUCAACUCCACACAUUUAGACAGUCUUAGGGAUGUGCCCUUUUAUCUUUUCACAAUGAAGGCAUUUUGUAAAUCAUCUAGACUUUUUUUUGUAGCGUUGGUAGUAAGUCUAAGGGGCAGGCUGUAUCAUCUCAGACUCUGUAAAUAGGUUAGACUGCAUUAAAAUUUCCUAUUCUUCGAGUGCUUGCUCAUAUCCAUUCCAGUAGGUGUGCUCGCGCUGCGUGCACGUUCGUCGGAGAUUUUUACCCUAGCAACACUCGGAGGGCCAGCAGGCGCCCUAUGGAGUGGCACCACCAUGGCGCUUGAUAUAUACCCCUGCCGGCCCAUCUGCUCCUCUGUUCCUUCUUACCGCCUGUGUCGGUCGUUGAAACAGUGGAGCGCAGCUUAGCUGAUCUCCACCUCCCUAGCUCUUCACUCGUUUAUAUAGUUAGUGUGUACAUAGUUAGUUUCUCCUUAGUUAUAGUUAACUUUUGUAGUAUUAGUAGUUUUAUAGUAGUUGUGUAAAUAGUUAGAGGAUCGGGGGCUAGCCCCUUCUCCUCCCCCGGUACCAGGGCCCAUGCCCGGUUCACCGGGCUUCAAACCUUGCGCGACCUGUCAUUGGCUGAUGCCCACAGGAGAUCCGCACGACUCCUGUUUAAAGUGCCUGGGAGAGUCCCACCUUGCGGACAAGUGCCGAAUCUGCAAGGCGUUCAAGCCCUGAACGAAGAAAGAGCGGGACGUUCGCCUCAAGCAACUCUUGAUGGAGGCAGCUCUAACUCUUCCAUCCUCGGCACUGACUCUGGCACCGGGGACAAGUGCUUCCGCCUUCACCGGCUCAACCCUCCGGCAGACACCGAUCCCUCUCGCCGAGGAGCAAGAGGCACAAAGCUCCUGCGGCACCUGUUUCUACGCCGCAGUCGGAGCGUACAUCUAAAGCGGACCGCCCGGCACCAUCAACUGCUGCGGCACCGCUUGCCUCCGCACCGUUGAUUCCGGUCUCUCGGGAACCGUCGAGUCCGGUGCCUACCAGCACCCCAGCGCAUGCUGUGGUUGAGCUCGUCGUGCCUUCGACGCCGGAGACUUUCUCCACGGCUCGGGAGCUAAUUGCUCUGAUGGAGCCCGAGCUGCCCCAACCCCCGGCACCGCCAGUGCGGGUUGUUCAGUCUUUGGGCAAGCCCGCCAUGAUGAGGCCAUCAUCGCCGGACACCGUGCAACGCCGCCGGUCCCGAUCCAGGUCCCGCUGGCGCUUGCGGUCCCGCCAUCGCUCUCGCUCUCGGCGCGGCUCGCAGUCCUGGUACCGCUCUCCAUCCCAGUACCGGUCGUACUCGCGGCACCGCUUAAGAUCCCGGUCUCCAUCACGGUACUCUCGGUACCGGUCCAGAUCCCGGCACCGCCGUACCUCUUGCAGCCGAUCUUGGCAAGGCGAUGCGAAGCACCGGUCGACCUCCCGGCACUGCGCUGGUCGCAGGUCCCGGUCCCGCUCCUGCUCCCGGCACUGCUACGACUCUCGGUACCAUUCGCCAGUACCACGCAGACAGGAGUCCAAUGGACGCAGAGACCUGGUCCAAGGGUCUUUGGCUCCCUCGUGGCCCUCGCAUCACCCAUCCGUCUCCUCCCAUGCGGACAGUGCCUCAGAUGCGCAUACCCAUGGCCAGAACCACGGACCUCAUCCGUGGUCCUUUUGGACACCUUGGGCGUAUCAUGAAGCCCAAGGCGAACCGACUGGCCCAUCACGCUCAGGUCACUCAGAGCACCAUGUGCCCAAGGCCACCGUCAGCCUGCCUCUCCCUGCUGACACAGAGGAAACCAGUGCGCACGCACCGGAACUGCAUGACCUUCCGGAGACGGAGGUCCCCCCCCUGACCAGGCCUCAGUGCAGGACCCACUCGUCCCGGGGCUGUCAUCCUCCUCUUCCCCAGAUGAGGCAGUAGCGGGGACGUCAUCAUCAGGACCACCUCCGAUUGGCCUCCGGUCACACCAGGACCUUCUGCGUCGUGUCACCCAGAAUAUCAACCUGCCGGUAGAGGAGGUUCCAGAGGUGGAGGACCCGGUGAUUAGCAUUUUGUCUGCAGAGACACCUAUCAGAGUGGCUCUCCCAUUCAUCCGUUCAAUCCAGGCUAGAGCAGACACCAUCUGGCAGUCUCCGGCUUC